AUGAUGUAUUUCAUGUUUUUAUUUGGGUUUUGUUUUGUUUUUUGGAUGGUAGGUGUUUCUUGUAGUUCUUCUCCUCAUUAUGGAGUGCUUAGUUUGGUUUUGGGGGCGGCUUCUGGGUGUGCAGUGUUGGUUGGUAAGGGUGGAUCUUUUGUUUCUUUGGUUUUGUUUUUGAUUUAUUUAGGGGGUAUGUUGGUUAUUUUUGCUUAUUCGUCAGCGUUGGCGGCGGAGCCUUAUCCCGCUGGCUGGGGAAGUUUGGAUGUGAUUAUUUAUUGGUUGUGUUGUGUAAUUGCUGCUAUGUGGCUUGUGAUGAUAGAUUAUAGUUUUUGGAGUGUGGAAGAUUUUGGUGAUAGUACUACUGAUGCUGAUGGGUUAUUUGUUGUUCGUUUAGAUUUUGGUGGAGUUUCGUGGUUUUAUGGUCUUGGUAAGGGGAUUCUUUUGAUUGCUGGUUGGGGGUUGUUGUUGACACUGUUUGUUGUGCUAGAGUUGGUUUAUGGGCUUUCUCGUGGGGUGCUUCGUGCAAUUAGG